GUUAAAUUAAAAAAAAAUAUUAACAUAGGACUGUACUUAUGGUUUAGAUUUCCUUUUGCGUCGCAUUACAUUUUUUUUUUAUGUCAGUGAACUGUCAAUGUGUCAACGGUUUGUAGACGUCGAUACAAGUUUUAGCCGGAUUUUUAUUUUAGCAAUAAAAUGGAAGCAUUAUUUACUUUACCAUUCACGGUGUUGGAAAUACCUAACAUAAAGAUCAAAAAACCAUCAUGGUUGCAGGCGCCGUCGGCAAUGACGACAUUCUCAUUUGUUUUAAUGUCGUACUUUUUAGUCACUGGAGGUAUAAUUUACGAUGUCAUCGUUGAGCCCCCAAGUGUCGGAUCAACAACUGAUGAACAUGGCCACAGCAGACCUGUCGCAUUCAUGCCCAACAGAGUAAAUGGACAGUAUAUCAUGGAAGGUCUAGCAUCCAGCUUUCUUUUCUCCCUUGGAGGCCUGGGCUUUAUUAUUUUGGAUCGAACACACAACCCAUCUACCCCUAAACUAAAUAGGAUCUUACUAAUUUCUGUCGCAUUCCUUUGUAUUCUGGUCUCAUUUUUCACAACAUGGAUCUUUAUGCGAAUGAAACUGCCAGGGUAUUUGCAAAAUUAGCACUAUAAUUAUGUAAGCAGUUCUUUUAAUAACGUUAUUAUUUCGAACUUUUUUGUAUUUAGUUGAAUAAAUAUUUUUAUAUUCUUUAUUGGGUCUCUUAUUUUGUUCUAAGAAAACUAGAUAUUUAAGUUACUAAAACUUACAUAUGUAC